GUCAAGCAGGCAGAGUGCAGCAGAGGCCUCUGUCGUUGCCGUCAUGCCGUUCCCGUUUGGGAAGUCUCACAAAUCUCCUGCAGACAUUGUGAAGAACCUGAAGGAGAGCAUGGCUGUUCUGGAAAAGCAGGACAUUUCUGACAAAAAGGCAGAAAAGGCUACAGAAGAAGUUUCCAAAAACCUGGUUGCCAUGAAAGAAAUUCUAUAUGGCACAAAUGAAAAAGAGCCACAGACAGAAGCAGUGGCCCAGCUAGCUCAAGAACUAUAUAACAGCGGACUCCUUAGUACCCUGGUAGCUGAUUUACAGCUCAUUGACUUUGAGGGCAAAAAAGACGUGGCUCAAAUUUUCAACAAUAUCCUCAGAAGACAAAUUGGUACAAGAACUCCUACUGUUGAAUACAUCUGCACCCAACAGAAUAUUUUGUUCAUGUUAUUGAAAGGGUAUGAAUCUCCAGAAAUAGCUCUAAAUUGUGGAAUAAUGUUAAGAGAAUGCAUCAGACACGAACCUCUGGCAAAAAUCAUUUUGUGUUCGGAACAGUUCUAUGAUUUCUUCAGAUAUGUGGAGAUGUCAACAUUUGACAUAGCUUCAGAUGCAUUUGCCACAUUCAAGGAUUUGCUUACAAGACAUAAGUUGCUCAGUGCAGAAUUUUUGGAACAGCAUUAUGAUAGAUUUUUCAGUGAAUAUGAGAAGCUACUUCAUUCAGAAAAUUAUGUGACAAAGAGGCAGUCACUGAAGCUUCUUGGUGAACUACUGUUGGAUAGACACAACUUUACAAUUAUGACAAAAUACAUCAGUAAACCCGAGAACCUGAAAUUAAUGAUGAACCUUCUGCGGGACAAAAGCCGUAACAUCCAGUUUGAAGCCUUUCACGUGUUCAAGGUGUUCGUGGCCAACCCCAACAAGACGCAGCCCAUCCUGGACAUCCUGCUCAAAAACCAGACCAAGCUCAUCGAGUUCCUCAGCAAGUUCCAGAACGACAGGACCGAGGACGAGCAGUUCAACGACGAGAAGACCUACUUAGUCAAACAGAUCAGGGAUUUGAAGAGACCAGCUCAGCAAGAAGCCUAAUUUCCAAUAAACAGCUAAAAUAUUAAAUCCAAAAUCAGCAUUUGCUGUUAGCUAUUCAGCAUCGGGCACUCUUAUCAAUUCAUGAGGAACAUUACUGCUAAUCUGCUGUUAAGUGAACGGUUUUUCAUUUUACCAUUUUGUUUUUCAGUCCUGGUUGGAGAACGUAGCUGCUGCAGCUUGCACACUAGAGCACACGGGGAUUCCUCUUGAUCUUUGUGUCGUUUCACAAUUCAGAGACUCUGCUUGCUGGGGAGUCUGACCAUGUGGGGCUCGUGAGGACUGGACAGGGGAGCGCGUGGGGAGAAGAGGGCGAGGUUAGGGCCAGUUUAGACCUGCGCAUCUCCCUGCGCGCAACCGGCUCCCCUUCAGACCCAGAGGAAGAGCGCGUGCGCAGAGCUGUGCUGGACACCGGCGGGGGCACUGUCGACCAUGCAGCUUUUGGGGUGGAUAGAAAGUUGACGUGCGAAUUAAUUGAUACUGCAACUUAGCAACUUCUCCAAGGUGUGAGGCUUAAUAAGGUCAUAAGGAAUAUGUAUAUAUGCUUUUCACAGCUUUCUAGAACUUUUUGACAUUUGAUUUUCUUGAGACUUGUAAACCUGGAUAUGUUGAAGGGUAUUUGUUAAUUUUACUUUUUGAAGGUAUUUUAAAACAGUAGAGCUAGUGAAGACACCUUGCAUUUCAUUUCAACACUGCUUACAGAUUUCUUUUGUAUAUAAUUCUUAGGAUGCUCAUUUCUUUUAAAAGGUUUAAUUUGUACAGCAGAGGAAUGUGAUUGUAGUAGUAUGUAACUAUUACCUAAUACUGAGUUUUUGCAAAAAAAAAAUGAAUGCUCAUAUGUAAUUGAAAUACUUCAGAUCACAUGAAAAUGCUGAUUUAACAUUUAAGGAUCACAGCAUUAAAAGAAAAAGUAAACCAAUCUUUUGUAUUCAAUCACCUAAUGGGUGCCCGUAGUAGGCAGCACCACGGACCUGGAACUCAGUCCGCACCACUCUCCUGCGUAAUAUUGGCCUUACUCAGGUAAACCGAGUCACAAGUUUGCCAGAUGGAUGGGCACAGAGUAAGACUGACGCCGCUUCUCCGGGGUGGGGCCUCUGUGGAGCACCUUAAUCCAGUACAGUAGUUGUGAACUGAAUAAUUAAAACUGGCUUCUCUUAGGAAGAGUUCCUAGUCAGGUGUCCUAUGGGGAAAUUUAUUUUUUUUUAAUGUCCUGUUCCUUAUGCUGCAGAUUAUCAGUAUUUAUAAAGUACCUGAUUUUGCACCACUUUUUCGUCACUGUGACCACGGCAGAACAAUGUCUUCUAGACUCUGUCACGAGAAUGGUAUCUGUUCAUCUUAGCGAUACGAAGAUCACAAGUAACAACUUAGGAAUCAGAGUUUGCCAGUUCGAAUUCAGCAUGGCUGUAGCUGAUAAAGAAAUUUAUAUCAUUAUUCUUUACGAGCCUGUCUUGCAAAUUGAAUUAUUUAUUGGCCAGGAAAAUGAGCCUCCCAGUUGAUGCUUCAGCAGGUGUUAAGAUCUUCAAGGAACACCAAUUAGGAAAAGCGCUCCAGAAAACAGAUGUAUCUUAUUCUGUGUGAUUUAAGCGGCAAUCCUCAGUCAUUUGGUUUUUCUGAGGAUGUCUUCACAAGAACCUAAAUAAUUCAUGUUCUCUACCAGAAGUAGGGCAAGCAUUUGAUCGCCUCAAAGAGAAACUCCCGCAGCUGUCAGGAAGGCAGAGUCGCCCUGGGAGCAUGCGGUCCCCGUGGCCUAGCACUGUGCGUGGGUUUCAGCAUGAGAACAGAGCCACCCCGAGCGGGGAGGUGCUUAGAAGCGUGCGCGACAAGGCAGCCUCCGCGUGGGCCGCCUGAGCCUGGUGGAAGACGGUGCAGUGUCAGCGAGCAUCCGUGUGUCACGGCGCAGUGCAAGCUGAAGGCAGUUGUGAUGUUCUGGUUUUUUGUUUUAAACAGCAAUAUGAAAAUACUCAAAUUUGAAACUUGCAUUUGAAGUUAUGAUCAUUUAUUAUUUUCAUAUUACCAAAACUAUUAUACGGGAUGUGGUUUCUUUUUGAGUUACAAAGGUUUACAUUUACUGAAGGAAGUUACUUAAUGUGAUUUUUUUAACCCUUGAAAGAAAAAAGUGGAGAUGUAAACAAUUGUUAAUGAAAGCAUUUCCUUUCUCCCGAGGAAAAGUGAAUUUAUCAGAAUAUCUGGCUGGCCCUGUAAUUUAAAUUAAAAUAAAAUUUUGGAGAAACGCCAUUGUCCAUCUUCGCAGUGUCAAUU